AUCAAAAAUGGUUGCCCAAGUUCAGAAGCCCGCCCCUGCCUUCACCGCCCCUGCUGUUGUUAACGGCGAGUUCAAGGAUAUCUCUUUGUCCGACUACAAGGGCAAGUACGUUGUCUUCUUCUGGUAUCCCAUGGACUUCACCUUUGUCUGCCCCACCGAGAUCCUCGCCUUCUCUGAGCGCGUCAAGGAGUUCGAGGCCCUCAACACCGUUGUCAUUGGUGCUUCCACCGACUCUGAGUUCUCUCACUUGGCCUGGAUUAACACUCCUCGCAAGCAGGGUGGUCUCGGUGAGAUGAAGAUCCCUCUUUUGGCCGAUAAGACCAAGAGCAUUGCCCGUGACUACGGUGUUUUGAUUGAGGAAGCCGGUAUUGCUCUCCGUGGUCUCUUCAUCAUUGACCCCAAGGGUACCGUCCGUCAGAUCACCAUCAACGAUCUCCCCGUCGGCCGUAACGUUGAUGAGAUCCUCCGUCUCGUUGAGGCUUUCCAGUUCACUGAUGUCCACGGUGAGGUCUGCCCCGCCAACUGGACCAAGGGCUCUAAGACCAUCAAGCCCGAUGUCAAGCAGUCCAAGGAGUACUUUGAGUCCUCCAACUAAAUCUUUGGAAAUAAAUUUCCAUUGCGUUGGUUAACUUUUAUGGCUGAACGAUAUUGUAUAAUAAAAUAAAAUAAAAUAAAACAUAAACCAAACCAAACCAAACC